AUGAAGCUACUUGUUUGUCUGCUGUUGGUCUUUCCAAGCUUAUUUGCCUCGGUUGCUUUUGCCUGGACUUGUUGUUGCUGUUUGCCUCAGAGACGUCAAAACCCGCUGGCAUCGGCAACAUCCAGACUUGCGGUGACAGAUCCAUCCAGUUCGACAGAAAAAUCCCUGCAAGAAGAUGACCCUUCCAUCAUCAUCCACAGAUCCAAGUUUCUGGGAGAUAUUUACCGAAUCCGUCUCGGAGACGAUGACGACUUUCUAGGCGCCAAUGCUGUCCCUACAUUUGCCUCCAGGAAGAAGGAGACGAGUGAAGAAGAACACGCCAAUAGAUCGAGUUCUCAUGAUACUACUCUACAAUCUCGCGGACUGGAAGGAGCCAUUGCCCAAGGACCCGCCUUUGUACUAGACAAUGUACUUUCCCAAGAUGUCUGUGAAGAACUCAUUGAUACCUUUGAGAAUCAACUAGGAUUUGGCAACUAUCAAGCGGGGAAAAACUUUCAUGGCGCCCUGCAAAUCGUGGUACCACCCGAAGUCACCCAACCGUUGGGUCAAGUACUCAGUCGUCAUGUGGAUAUUCGUCAAGUCGAGGCACGACGGACGGAAAUGUUGCAAGCUACCACUCACCAUGGUAGUGACAAUGAUAAUACCGAAACGCACGAUGUACGCAUCGUCUUUGCUGGAUUGAAUCGACGAUGGAGGGUCUAUCGAUACGCACCAGGGGGCGAAGAAACCUUUGCGCCACACAUUGAUGCGGGGUUUCCACCUUCUGGAUUGACCGAGGAUGGAACCAAUCUCAUUUGGGACGAUUCCGCGUCUUACAUCGACGACGAAGAAAGUAGUUCCACCAUUGAAUCGGAAAUUGUAUCUCGAUUGACAAUCCUCAUGUACUUGAAUGAGGAUUUUGUGGGAGGAGAAACCAAAUUUUAUGAUCCACAACAAUCCUCGUCUGUCAUUGCCGCCGUCAAACCCGUCGCUGGUUCUUGUCUGGUCUUUCCACAGGGUGUGGGACCAGAGGCCGUCGACUAUGCCCGACAGCAUUGGCCCUUGCACGAAGGAUCACCCGUACAGUCCGGGAACAGACCCAAAUAUGUCAUUCGAUCGGACAUUCUCUUUAGUACCACCCGAGAACCUCUGCUACUCGACAAUCCACUCUGGCGGAACGAUCAUUGGGUCCGCCAUACAUUUCUACCCACAUCCCAAUUGGUGGACGCCACCUUUUUGAGUCAUGUCCAAUCGCUCUACAAUCCACACAUGGGAGUGGAAAAUAUUGCAUCGCUCCUUUACGGAUGGAUUCGAUUCACCAAGAAGCAACGCAUUUGCGAAAUUGGUGCCGGAUACACCACUCUGUGGAUCUUGCAAGCUCUCAAAGACAAUCAGGAUGAAAUGACACGGAUACGACAACUAGAACAAGACGGGAAAUGCACAUUGUUGGAUAUCCCAUGGACGGUUCCACCACCACCACUGGACGACAAAGAACAACCGUCGCUCUUGUGCAUUGACAAUUGCGCGCAUCAAAAGGAAACUGCCACGGGGGCCGUUGCCGUCGCAAAGGCGCUAGGAUUGGACCCCUACUUGCAAUUCCUCAAGGGAGACGCCUUUGAAAUGGGAGACUUAUUAGAGGAGGCUUCCAUCGACAUGUUGUGGUGUGAUUUUGGUGUAGGCAGUCGCAUGAAAGAAUUUCUCUCCCAAGGGGCUUGGGCAAGUUUGCGACCGGGUGGAUUCCUCUUGUGCCAUUCGACACUGACCAAUCAACGGACCAGGGAUUGGUUGGAAGCGGCCAGGGCACGGAAAGGAGAGGAAGUGACAGGUAUUCCACCAGAAGAAUACGUGGAGAUAUCGCUCUUGGAGCCCCACAAGAGGUAUCAAAACAGCGUGUCCAUCUUUCAGAAAAGAAAACAGGGAGAGGAAGCAGUCUACUCGGAACCAAUCUUCUCCGAGUAUGCAUAG